AUGUCGGCAGAGCCUCCAGUAUCCGAGACGGCCCCAACAGAAGUGAAAACAGAGGACCCUGUAGCGCCAGAAAGCAAUGCGACACAACCUGCGCCAUCUUCCACUCCAGCACCUCCGGCUACAGGAGCGACAGGCCUGAAUAAACAAGAAUUAGAUGUUCUAGAUGGCAUAGUGAAGCGCAUGAGUGAAGCUAGAGACCCAGAAGAUGAUGAAAGAGAGUUGUCUGGCGCAUUUCAGCGCAUGCUCAACAAGAGACUUUACCAAGAUUACUUUGUGGUCAUAAAGGAGCCAGUUGCAUUUAGUACUAUCAGGAGCAAAAUCCUGAAAAAGCAGUACCAGAACCACCAAGAAUUCAUUCGAGACUUCGCCCUAAUAUUCCAUAAUGCCAAGGUAUACAAUCGUCCGUCAGCGGAGGUUUACAAAGAUGCCGUGGCGCUAGAGGUGCUUUUCAAGAAAGAGCUAGAAAAGCUGGUCGAGGAUAAGGUAUUAACUGCCGAAGAGGCGGUUCUUCCAGAUCUGGGAGAGAUCCCAGAAGUCGAGCCAUCACCACCACGCGAACCUUCACCACCUGAAGAGAGUGAAAAGGAGGAAGAGGAAGAUACGGACGAGGAUGAAGAAGAUGAAGGAACGGACGACGAUCGCCCAAGGGGAAGACGUACGAAACGCGGACGAAGGUCUUCUGCAGCUGCGAAGCGCGAUAGCAAAGCAAUCAGUAAGCAGGUGCAGGACGAUGAAGACCCGGAAGCGCAGAAGAAAAGAGGCAGACCACCAAAAGUUCACACCCCAAUGGAAGCGCGGAUCAACAACAUUCUAAAGAACCUUCGAAAAUAUAAGAACGAGGCAAAUGAGUUGGAGGUCCUUCAUUUUGAAAAGCUACCCGACAAGUCUGUAAUGCCCGAAUACUACCAGGAAAUCAAGCAGCCGAUUGCGAUGGACACGAUCAAGAAGAGAGCUAAGAGAAAGAAUUACCAAUCUGUUGACCAAGUGCUGAAAGACCUAAAUUUAAUGUUCGAAAACGCAAAGUCCUAUAACCUGGAAGAUAGUCAAGUGUAUAAAGAUGCAGUCCAUCUGCAGAAAGAGGCGAAGAUUAUCGCCGAGCAGGAAAAGAAAAAGCCUGACUCUGAUUUUGCUGAUGAGGAUGGACGGCUUCCGCUAUCUGAAAUCCUCCAUAAUGGAGAGUUAUGGAAGGUUGGAGAUUGGGUGCAUCUGGCGAAUCCGAACGAUGUCACAAAACCCAUAGUCGCCCAGAUAUAUCGAACAUGGCAAGAUACAACUGGCCAGAAAUGGAUUAACGCGUGUUGGUACUAUCGCCCAGAACAGACUGUACACCGAUAUGAGAAGCACUUUCUCGAGAACGAAGUUGUCAAGACUGGGCAGUAUCGCGACCAUAAAGCGGAUGAGAUCGUCGACCGAUGUUUUGUCAUGUUUUUUACUCGAUUCAACAAGGGUCGUCCGCGAGGAUUCCCUGCUGAUAAAGAAGUAUAUGUGUGCGAAGCUCGAUAUAACGAAGUCCAGCAUAAAUUGAACAAAAUCAAGACCUGGGCCAGCUGUGUUCCGGACGAAGUUCGAGAGAAGGAUUACGAGAUGGACUUAUUUGACGUACCUCGGACUACGAAAAAAGUCCCAAGUCCCAUCAAACACUUACUGAGAGAAGAUGCGAAAGAGGAUGAUCCGCUGCCAAAGCCGACCUGGGGAGCUGCCAACGCGCCGCCUAUCGUGGGAGCUGUCCACAAGCGUCCACGCGAAGCGAAUGAAUCUCCACCACCAGAACCCACACCAUCACCACCUCCACCAGAACCCGAACCAGUACGUCGCCCCAUCACUAGUGACCGACCUCGAUACGGCUCACAAGGCGAUCUCUCUUUGGCGCGCACCCACUCAAAUGCAACUCAGCCUUCACCCAUGGCCAGCCAUACCCCGACACCAGGCCAAUUUGGUCAACAAUUCCCAGCAGCUCGACCAUCACCUUCGCCUGCUCCUUUGACGCACCAGAACUCCUAUGGCUCGCAUGGAUCUGCAUCGCAUCAGCCAGUCGCUCAUACCCCAAGCUAUCAACAGACUGGUUAUGCUCCUCAGUACACAUCUGGUGCUACCCCCGUAGUUCAACAUGCCAAUCCAAUGAACAGCUAUGGGCACUACCAGGAUCGAAGUUCUGUCACGCCCGUACGGACGUCUGCGCCCGUCCAAACCCCGCAUAUAACACACAAUAAUGCCUACAAUCCUCCACGUCCUGUCGAAGUAUAUACACUGUCGGAGCAGGCAAAUUUUGCGAUACCCAGCGACAUUCGCAGCCAGUUCCAGCGUGAUGAAUAUGGCAAAGUCAUCUUCUUCACAGCUCCCCCUCUCGAAGCCAAUCCAGUUCCAGAGGAGAAGCGAGUUCUGUCUCACAGUCUUCGCUAUCUUGCAGACAAAGCACGCGCUAGAGAGGAAGAGACGAAGAAGCGCAAGGCGCGCGAGGCUGAAUUGGAAGCCGAGGCUACUGCGAAGGCUAAGCGCGUAAAGGCUGAUCUGGAAAGCUCUACAGCGUGGCUGGCAAACCAAAAACUUUCUGCUUUGGAGAGUUGGACUAAAAAGAUGGAAAUUGGGACCGAUGAGUUGUAUCAGCAGUUACACGGCGAUGACUGGAAGCAAAUACGCGAUGCCGACCUUGCACGAUUAGCAGAUGAGCAAGAAAAUGCAUGGGAAAAGUCUAGGGAGUUGAUGAAGUUCCGCGAAGAAAGCAGACGCCAAAGAGAAGUCAAGUUAACUGGCUUCAAGUGGAUCUAG